GUUAUUAAUUUUGGCACCUUUUAUGAUUUAUCACUUUUAUGUUUUUCCAGCUUUGCUGUUUUGCGCUUUUGAAUCACAGCUCCUCACUUCUGUCAUGUCAACAAAAUUAAUUUUAUAUUAUCAGUUAUCAGAUUGCCCUUAUUUUCAACCGUUCAGUGGUUGCGGCAUUUAUGAAAAAUUCGUGUAAGUUUUUUAUUGUUAUGAGCAAUGGUAGGACAUGAUCCCGAGGAAUUGCGCAAAAUUCCCCAUUAUAUCUACGGUCUCAGUGGAGCGCUAUCAGGCUUCGUUACUCGAUUUCUCACACAGCCACUAGACGUUUGCAAGAUUCGUUUCCAGCUCCAGGUGGAGCCAAUAAAGCGCACAUCCCUCCUGUCAAAGUACCGCAGCCUACCACAAGCAUGCACCUUAAUUGUGCGCGAAGAAGGACUGGCAGCACUAUGGAAAGGCAUUAUUCCGGGGCAGGCGCUGUCAGCUGUGUAUGGACUAGCCGAGUUCGCCACGUUUGAAUUCUUGAACAAAACCCUGUUCGCUUGGAAUCUCACCUCCAAUCCCAAAGAUCCCUUGGUGUACUUCCUGUGCGGGAGUGUAGCAGGAAUGGUUGGAACGGUGGUAUCGCAGCCUUUGGAUGUCGUGCGCACUCGCUUGGUUUCGCAAGGACGCGAUAAGGUGUACACGAGCCUCAUGGAUUCCUUCCGGCAGAUCAAGCGGCAGGAAGGUUAUCGUGGAUUUUACCGUGGGCUGCUUCCUGGACUUUUGCAGAUUGCUCCUUCCAGCGGUUUGAGUUUCGCAUUUUACUCGCAGUGCCAAAUUCUGUAUCGGAAAUGGUCAGGAAAACGCAUCACCGAAUCUAAGAGUGAUGCUAUGGAAAGUUUGUUCUGUGGUUGCAUAGCUGGAGCUGCCUCAAAAAGCAUAGUUCAUCCGCUGGAUGUUCUGAAAAAGCGCCUUCAGGUCCAAGGUUUUGAGCAAGGACGUAAAGGGUUUGGAUUGUUCCUGUUCGCGUCGGGAAUUGUGCAUUUGAUCAGAGAGACAUACCGACUGGAAGGACUUCAUGGAUUUUUGAAAGGUUUCUCGCCUGCGUUGUUGAAAGCGACGUCGAGUACCGGAUUUACAUUUUUCUUUUACGAACAGUUUCUGAGGGGAUUUUCUCAGCUUUUGGUGUGAUAAAAGUUUUAAAUCGUUUUGGUUUUUAGUGAUUGUUGUGAUAUAAGUGCUGUUUGAUGUGCUGCACAAUCAGUAAAUGCUUUUAAUUCACCGCUUAGAUAUGGACAGUAAUGGAAUGCUAAUGAAUUGAUGUAAUGGUUGCGCUAAACGAUUAAAUGGUCGCUGAACAUG